GAGAGCAAAACGCCGGUGUGGGGCGCUAGGACCUCAAACAUCUGAGCCCAGCGAUGCCUCCUUAUGGACGAUCCCGUCUCCUGCCGCCGACGUACGCCAACGUCCCAGGGCUCCGCCUCCCACCUCCUCUCCAAGUGACCAUAAUGGCGAUGCAUCUGCUUUGAGUUGUGCGGCUACAACAACAACCCCCCUUCUUCCCCCCGCCCUGAUUUUAUGCUCGGGACAGCGUGCAUCCAUACUAGAGACUCGGACUGUGUUCACUAGAGUGGAGUUAGGAGGGACGAGAAAGUGGAAGAACGCAGUCGCGAGAUCUUGGAAGUCGAGUGAGAAGUGGCUGAUCUGCUUGGUCUGUCUAGCCAGUCAGUCAGCCGGCCGGUCGUGCGUUCAAAGAGUCUCAUCCUGUUCUCUGACGAGCGUCUGUCUCAAUCUCGAGUGCCUUUUUUUUUGCUACGGGGGAGCUGAGGGGUUUGCCAGGAUCUGGAACUUUGUGACUGAACGAAGAUUUCACUACGCUGUCUAAUCACCAGCUUUCUUGUCUCCUACAGCGUCCACCUAACGUCACCCGCUGCACAUUAAGGAUUAUUUUGUAUAUUUUUAGUUGGAGACGCAUCUUCUUUUAUUUAUUUAUUUUCCCGAUUUCCUUCUUUUCUUCCCUCGGAGGGCUUACUGUGUGAUCCGCCUGGCUCGCUCGUCACUUGCAGCGCUUUGUUUUUGUUUCUGCUCAGCUAGCGACUGGAAAUUGAGGUGCAGAUAAAGAGACAAAAGUUGGGCAGCUAGAACAAAAUCCCCAGUGUGGUAAGACGGCGCGAUCGCUCUCGCUGGACUCAUUUACGAACACCUUAAACCGCAGUUUGUUGCUGCUGCUUCUUUGUCGCUUUUAUUUCCUGAUCUCACUUUUGUUGUGGAUUGUGAACGUGAGCGGAAAGGCGCCCUUUUCGAGCCUCUUCAACUCCUUACCCUCACGCAAUUCCUGACUUAUAUAUACAUAAUUUAAAAAAAAAGAGUCGCGGAUGCGGGCCCAUUUGUUUUAGACCAUUGACGCAGGAAUUCCAGUAACGCCUUCUUGGAGUUGCGUGCAUCAGAAGGAGACCCGCAUGACGGGCGAAGCACCGCACUUCAGGCGACUAGUGCGUGAGGGAUUUCUGUGGAACUUGUAACGGAUAGCCCGUCCUACAUUCCAUCGGGCCAUCCUCGCAUCUUCUCUUCCUACCUACUGGUCAUCCGAAAUUCCCACUCCUGGAUUCUGCCACGGCCGAGCCGCAAAUGACAACCGGGCGCAACAACCGUGUUAUGAUGGAAGGAGUCGGGGCGAGAGUGGUGCGGGGCCCCGACUGGAAGUGGGGCAAGCAGGACGGCGGAGAGGGCCACGUCGGCACUGUGCGCAGCUUCGAGAGCCCGGAGGAGGUGGUAGUGGUGUGGGAUAACGGCACGGCGGCCAACUACCGCUGCUCAGGAGCUUACGACGUGCGCAUCUACGACAGCGCGCCUACAGGCAUUAAACAUGAUGGGACUAUGUGUGACACCUGCCGUCAGCAGCCAAUCAUUGGGAUCCGUUGGAAGUGUGCUGAAUGUACAAAUUACGAUCUUUGCACAACUUGCUAUCACGGUGACAAGCAUCAUCUGAGACACCGAUUCUACAGAAUAACCACUCCAGGAAGUGAAAGAGUUCUUUUGGAGUCCCGUCGUAAAUCAAAGAAAAUCACAGCCCGAGGGAUAUUCACAGGGGCUCGAGUUGUGAGAGGAGUGGACUGGCAAUGGGAGGACCAGGAUGGAGGAAACGGGCGAAGAGGCAAAGUGACUGAGAUUCAGGAUUGGAGUGCUGCCAGCCCUCACAGCGCAGCAUAUGUUCUGUGGGACAAUGGAGCCAAGAACCUUUACAGAGUUGGCUUUGAAGGCAUGUCUGACCUAAAGUGUGUUCAGGAUGCAAAAGGUGGCUCAUUUUAUAGGGAUCAUUGUCCUGUUUUAGGUGAACAGAAUGGCAAUCGCAAUCCAGGGGGCCUACAGAUUGGGGACCUGGUGAACAUUGACUUAGAUUUAGAAAUUGUUCAGUCUCUUCAGCAUGGACAUGGCGGGUGGACUGAUGGAAUGUUUGAGACCUUAACCACCACCGGCACAGUAUGUGGUAUUGAUGAAGAUCAUGACAUUGUAGUACAGUAUCCCAGUGGCAAUCGAUGGACAUUCAACCCUGCUGUCCUGACCAAGGCAAAUGUGGUAAGGAGUGGUGAUGUGACAGCAGGUGCAGAAGGAGGAGUCUCACAGUUUUCUGUUGGUGACCUGGUUCAGAUUUGUUAUGACACUGAGAGAAUUAAGCUCUUACAGAGAGGGCAUGGAGAAUGGGCAGAAGCCAUGCUACCUACUCUUGGAAAAGUUGGACGAGUCCAGCAGAUUUAUUCUGACAAUGACUUGAAGGUGGAGGUUUGUGGAACAUCCUGGACGUACAAUCCUGCAGCUGUUACUAAGGUGGCCCCAGCUGGUUCUGCUGUAACAAAUGCAUCAGGAGAGCGUCUUUCUCAGCUACUAAAGAAGCUAUUUGAAACACAAGAAUCUGGAGAUAUAAAUGAAGAGCUGGUAAAGGCAGCUGCUAAUGGUGAUCUUGCCAAGGUUGAAGACUUACUAAAGAGACCUGAUGUUGAUGUGAAUGGCCAGUGUGCUGGACAUACUGCUAUGCAGGCAGCAAGCCAAAAUGGCCAUGUGGAUGUUCUGAAACUGCUGCUGAAACAUAAUGUGGACCUGGAAGCUGAGGACAAAGAUGGAGACAGGGCAGUGCAUCAUGCAGCUUUUGGAGAUGAAGGUUCGGUUAUUGAGGUGUUGCACAGAGGCGGUGCAGAUCUGAAUGCUCGAAACAAACGCAGACAGACUCCUUUACACAUUGCAGUAAACAAAGGGCACCUGCAAGUUGUUAAGACUUUGCUGGACUUUGGCUGUCAUCCCAGUCUUCAGGACUCAGAAGGUGAUACUCCUCUUCAUGAUGCUAUUAGCAAAAAGAGAGAUGACAUGCUGUCCGUGCUCCUGGAGGCUGGAGCGGAUGUAACCAUCACCAACAACAAUGGAUUUAAUGCUCUUCACCAUGCAGCCUUACGAGGGAACCCCAGUGCAAUGAGAGUUCUUCUGUCCAAGCUGCCCAGACCCUGGAUUGUGGAUGAAAAGAAAGAUGAUGGAUACACUGCCUUGCACUUAGCUGCACUCAACAAUCAUGUAGAAGUAGCAGAGCUCCUUGUCCAUCAGGGUAGUGCCAAUUUGGACAUCCAAAAUGUUAACCAGCAGACUGCUCUGCAUCUUGCAGUGGAGCGCCAGCAUACUCAGAUUGUCAGACUGCUGGUCCGUGCUGAAGCUAAGUUAGAUAUCCAGGACAAAGAUGGCGACACACCUCUUCAUGAAGCCUUGAGACAUCACACCCUUUCCCAGCUCCGUCAGCUGCAGGAUAUGCAAGAUGUUGGCAAAGUGGAUAGUCUCUGGGAGCCCUCAAAAAACACUUUAAUCAUGGGUUUAGGAACACAAGGUGCAGAAAAGAAAAGUGCUGCCUCUAUUGCCUGUUUCCUUGCAGCAAAUGGAGCAGAUCUUACCAUCAGGAACAAAAAGGGUCAAUCUCCACUUGAUCUUUGCCCAGAUCCCAGUCUUUGCAAGGCUCUUGCCAAAUGUCACAAAGAAAAAUCCAGUGGACAGGUGGGCUCUCGCAGUCCGUCUUUAAUCAGCAAUGAUUCAGAGACUCUGGAAGAAUGCAUGGUUUGCUCAGAUAUGAAGAGAGACACUCUUUUUGGUCCCUGUGGACACAUCGCCACCUGCUCUCUGUGCUCUCCAAGGGUCAAAAAAUGUCUUAUUUGUAAAGACCAAGUUCAGUCCAGGACAAAGAUUGAAGAAUGUGUGGUAUGUUCGGACAAGAAGGCAGCGGUGCUCUUUCAGCCUUGUGGCCACAUGUGUGCCUGUGAGAAUUGUGCUAGCCUGAUGAAGAAAUGUGUGCAGUGUCGAGCAGUGGUCGAGCGGAGAACGCCUUUCAUUAUGUGUUGUGGUGGGAAAGGUAUGGAAGAUUCCACUGAUGAUCUUACCAGUGGAAAUAUCCCAGCAUUACAAAGAGACAAGGACAAUACAAAUGUCAAUGCUGAUGUACAGAAAUUACAGCAACAGUUGCAAGAUAUCAAGGAGCAGACUAUGUGCCCAGUGUGCCUGGAUCGUCUGAAGAACAUGAUCUUUAUGUGUGGUCAUGGCACGUGUCAGCUUUGUGGAGACCGGAUGAGCGAGUGUCCAAUUUGUCGCAAGGCAAUCGAGCGAAGAAUACUUCUCUACUAAACCGAUGCUGAAGUGGAAGUGGCCGUCCUUAGAAACUUUCUUCCAAAUUGAGAGGCUUUAUUUGUAUAAUUUUUUUCACCUUAUGAACGCCCUGACAUUUUAUUUUUAUUUUUUUAAGCUUAACCACUGUAAAAUUGCUUUUUUGAUUCUUGAAACAGCAAAUGAAAACUGCAAGGAGGAAAAGUGUUUGAUAUCUUAAAAAUGUAAUAAAUGUAAGACUGUGAAGAAGAUAUAAAGAUGUGUAUCAGCAUGGCUGUGAUUGUCGGAAGUGGACCCCCGUCUGGAAUUGUAUCUCUUGAAUUGCUGCUUAUUUUUAUUUUCAUUUCUGUUUCUGCAAAGUAGUACAUGAACCUUAGCACUAAAUAAUUCUUUGCAUUUAUAUAGUGCUUUUCUCACUACUCAAAGCGCUCAGCAAUUGCAGGUUAAGGGUCUUGC